GGUACCUUCAACUGAAAAAAUUAAGCAGUGUCAGUGGCAGGACUAAAUGUGUUUGCUUUCCACAGUGCCUGAAGAACACUGGAUGGGAGUUCAGAGUGAUGUGGAGGGACCAGAUGCCUCUUUCUUUGUUGAGACACCAGUGCCCCCCACUGUGACAGAAGCAAUGAACCAGAAUUUCCCGGAAGGCCCUGCAGCAGUGGCUCCUGGUUUCCUUCCUACUGCGGUAACAGCAUCCCCAGGAGAGGCCAAAGCUACUGAUAGACCAAAAGGUUCAUCAUCAGGAGAUGCCAAGCCUCCUCAAGCUCUGGAUGCUGGAUUUGCACCCACAGUUGAAGCCAACCCUUUUCAGGCUAUGGAUGUUGGGUUUGCUCCUGCGCCGGAAGUCGAGCCUCCUAAUGCUAUCAAUGCAUCUGCUCCAGUGGCAGACACCAGCUUCACCCCAGCAGAUGCUAUGUCCCAUUACACUAUGGAUUUGGAGUUUGCCCCAGCAGAAGAUGCAGGGUUUGCCCCAGCAGAAGAUGCAGGGUUUGCCCCAGCAGAAGAUGUGGAAUCUCACAAUGCUAUGGAUUUGGCAUUUGCCCCAGCAGCAGAUGUGGAAUCUUACCAUGCUAUGGAUGCAGCAUUUGCCCCAGCAACAGAUGUGGAAUCUAACCAUGCUGUGAAUUUGGCAUUUGCCCCAGCAGCAGAUACUAAAUCUCAUCAUGCUAUGGAUUCUGAAUUUUCCCCAGGAGCACAUGCAGAGUUUGCCCCUGAAGCAGAAAUCAACCAUCAUCAUGCUAUGGAUGCUGGGUUUGCUCCUGUAGCAGACACCAAGCCUCUUCCUGCCAAAGAUUCUGGGUUUGCUUCUGCAGAAGCUAAGGCUACUACUGCAACGGACACCACAAUUGCUGCUUCUGAAGAGCUGAGGACUUCUGAGUCUUCUCUUGAGCAAGACAAGUCACCUUUCUGCAAGCCUCCUGCAGAAACAACUGCAAAUGCAGAACAAGAAUUGAAAGCCCCAGAAGGCCAGGUUGAUCUUUCAGAGCAAGCUAAAGUUGGCAAGCCGCCUCCAAGCAACCAGGAAGAGCAUCUUCUGGAGCAGACAAACCAUGUUUCAGAACCAGCAGUAGAAGCAAAAGAAGCUGUUGCACUAGAAAAUAAAGACCUCCUUCCAGAAAAAUCUGUUACCGCUGUGGAUGUUACUGUUACAGAGAAACAAAAGGAGGAGGCAGAACACAACCAUGUCCAACAUGCAGAAUCUCAGCAAGAAAAAACCCUGCAGGAGCCCACAGUCUCAUCUUUCCACUAA